GUUUAAUUGUCAAUUAUGAAAACAGGAAGUGGUGCAAGAAUACCACUGUCAACAAGCUUAGGAACUGGUGUAAAAGUUGCUGUAUUUUGGAUGGUAAUAGCGCACACCGCCAUUUCGUUUGACGACAGAAAAUUAAAAGUUUUCUGUAUUCGAAAUUUCGGGAUAACUGAAUAUGACAUUACAAGGAUAAAUAUUGGACAAAAGGCUGAACACAAAAAAAGUAUGGCUGUGCAUUUGAUGAUACUGUUUCUGAUCACUCAAACGUUAGUCAGUGGUCAAGAAUUUGAAGGGGGUGAAGGGAGCUUUGGUGGAGGGGACUUUGGAGACCGGGGAGGGGGCUUUGGAGGCUUGGGUGGAGGAGGAGGGGACUUUGGAGACUUUGGUGACCGGGGAGGGGGCUUUGGAGGAGGGGACUUUGGAGACUUUGGUGACGGGAUAGGGGGCUUUGGAGGAGGGGACUUUGGAGACUUUGGUGACGGGAUAGGGGGCUUUGGAGGAGGGGACUUUGGAGACUUUGGUGACGGGAUAGGGGGCUUUGGAGGCUUGGGUGGAGGAGGGGACUUUGGGGACUUUGGUGACUUUGGUGAAGGAUUUGGUGGAGGAGAGGGUUUUGGAGAGGGUUUUGGAGAUGGUGAAUUCGGAGAUGGUUAUGGAAGGUCAUUUGGCUACCCUAGACUGGGUUAUGGAAGAUUAUUUGGCUACCCCAGAUAUUAUGGAGGUUACAUGCCAUACUACUUAAGAAGGCGGGGUUAUUACAUGCCGUAUAGAAGGAGUCGUGGAAUGCACAUUGGCUAUCAUGGCGGCGACUAUGGUAUGGGGAAACAUGGUGGGAAAGGUAAACACCGUCGACCUCGUAAAUACCGACCACGCAAGUAUCGACCACGCAAGUACCGACCACGCAAGUACCGUCCACGCAAGUAUCGACCACGCAAGUAUCGACCACGCAAGUACCGUCCACGCAAGUAUCGUCCACGCAAGUAUCGCCCGAGCAAGUAUCGACCGAGUAAAAAAUCUUCGGUCUAUCAUGUUGGCUAAUAACAAAAAGUCACAACUGAAAAGAGAAAAAAAAUCUAUAAUUUUGAACUGAUGCAAUUUUCGUAACUACAGUUUAAACAGAACAAAUGUAUAAAAGAAGGGAAGACAUCACUGUUGGCUAUGAAACGUGUAUAAAUGGUUUAAUAUGAUAAGUAAAUAAGUUGAAAUAAAAUACGUAUUAUAGUUGAAA